UGAUAAAACUCGAACAUUUACCGUUACAAUUCCUGAAAUAAUGGCUUCUUAUUUUGAUGAAAAAGGGUUGCCAGAUCCAACAUUUAAGAAAAAAUCCACCUCAUCCAACAAUAAUAAUUUAAAUCCUGACGUUUCCAAUUUUUUUGGUACAAGUUCAGGUACUAAUUCUGGUUCGUCAAAUAAUUUAGGUGACGAAAAUGCAUAUGAAACUUUAGAAGAAUACUUUAAUUUGGCAAAUCUCUUCGGUACAUUAAGAGACAGAACAAAUAGUAGGGCUAAUGAGGGUAAUCAAGAAUUCUUAGAUAAUUUGAUUUCACAAUUAUUGGAAGAGGCCAAUGCAAGUUCAAAGGGACCCCCACCAGCUAGUAAAUUAUUUAUUCAAAAUUUGCCGAUUGUUAAUAAAUCAGAAAUUAAAUCCGAUGAUACAUGCCCAAUAUGUGCAGAAAAAUUUUUAUCAAAUACGACUCCAAAUAAUAGUGUAACUCGUAUGCCAUGUAAGCAUAUGUUUGAUAAAGAAUGUAUUUUACCUUGGUUGAAACUUCAUAAUACAUGUCCAAGUUGUCGUCAUGAAGUAGAGUCUGAUGAUCCAACUUGGAAAAAAAAGCAAUUGGAAUUACAAAGAGCUCAAGAUUCUGAAGAAGAAGAUCCGGAUUGGAUGUAUGGUUAA